UAACGAACGGGACGCGGUCCGGCGCCCGGCCAGCCUUGCCCCCCGGAAAACCUCAGGUAGUGUGUCCUGGAGACCAGCCAGGCCCCAGCUGACACGAUGCCUAGCCCCCGCCCCCGUAUAUGAAAGAUAAUGUCAACAACUUCUAUGGCACGGCCCCCGACCACGGCCGGCAGACGGGCCCCGUACUGGGUCCGCUGAAUGCCACGACCCACGGCACGAUGGAGGCCAGCGAUAACACGGACGAUUACUGGCUAUCGAGCAUGGGGAGUGCUGGCGUGAUGCCUCUCGCCCCAUCGAACUAUCAGCUCUUCCGAAAUGUCAAGGACUUUGGCGCGGUAGGCGACGGGGUCACCGAUGACACGGCGGCGAUCAAUCGCGCAGCUGCCACAUAUGGGCUGAAUGAUCUGACCAGCCUGCGCUGUGGCAAGGACUGCGGCUCGACCUCCAUCCUCGGGGCCGUCGUCUACUUUCCCCCGGGCACCUAUCUGAUCAGCACCCCCAUUAUCCAGUACUACUACACCCAGUUCGUGGGCAAUCCCACCGACAAGCCCACCAUCCGGGGCUCCGAGAACUUCACCGGCAUUGCCCUCUUCGACACAGACUUCUACAUCCCCGGGGGCAACGGCUCGGAAUGGUACAUCAACCAAAGCAAUUUCUAUCGCCAGAUCCGCAACUUCGUCUUCGACAUGACCAGCAUGAACUGGACAAAUACCGAUAACAACCAGACCUACGUCCCGGCCGGCAUCCAUUGGCAGGUUGGCCAGGCCACGAGCAUCACCAAUUGCGACUUCCAGAUGUCAGUCUCGAGCGGCGAUCAGUCGGCCACCGCUGUCGGCAUCUUCAUGGAGAACGGCAGCGGAGGCAUGGUCUCGGAUCUGACCUUUACGGGAGGCAAUAUCGGCUUCCUCGCAGGCAGCCAACAGUUCACCGCGAUCAACCUGCAGUUCACGUCCUGUUUGACCGCCAUCAAAUCCAUCUGGAACUGGGGCUUCACGUGGAAGAACAUCUACGUGCUCUCAUGCUACAUCGCUAUCGACGCCACGGAAUUCUCGGGCGUUGAUGAUCAAGGCACCGGCUCGAUCGCCGUCGUCGACUCCCACUUCAACGGCGUCCCUUAUGCCAUCACGGUGGCCAAGGAGAACGAUGAGCAGCCGAAUAUAAUCCUGGACAACCUGCUGGUCGAAGACUCCACCUCGGUAGUGCUCGUCUCCGGCGGCGAUACCAUCCUGGAGGGCUCGUCUGGAUCCUUGUACUACAACUCGUGGGCCAACGGCUACGAGUACUUGCCAGACGGGACCAGUGGCAUCAUGACUGGAUUCAUGGACCCCGCCCCGGAUAAGCCGGAGUCGCUGCUCGAUAGCUCGGGCGCCUACUUCCGGCAGGCGAAGCCGCAGUACGCGGACGAAACCCCGAUCGUAGCGACGGAGAACGGGGUGUCGAAUGACAUGAGCGGCGACCAAGCAUCGGCGAUCAACACCCUUCUGGCUGACAACGUGGGAUCGGUCAUCUUCUUCCCCGCCGGUAUCUACCUGGUCGAGGACACCAUCAAGAUCCCCGUGGGCAGCCGCAUCAUUGGCUCGGCCUGGAGCCAGAUCAUGGGGACAGGCUCCGCGUUCCAAGACCAGACGAACCCCAAGGUGGUGGUGCAGGUGGGCGAGACAGGUGACGAGGGCACUAUUGAGAUUGCCGACAUGCUGUUUACGGUUCAGGGCCCGACGGCCGGUGCGGUGCUGAUGGAGUGGAAUGUCCACGAGAGCACCCAAGGCAGUGCGGCCAUGUGGGAUAGUCAUUUCCGCGUUGGGGGCGCCAAUGGCACGAACCUAGGGCUGGAUGAAUGCCCGGCCGGAUCGGGGGUCAACACGGACUGCAUGGCGGCGUCGCUGAUGCUGCAUAUCACCAGCUCCGCCUCCGCCUAUCUGGAGAACGUGUGGGCCUGGGUGGCCGACCACGAUCUGGACAGUCCGUUGAACUCGGCGGCGUCAGAGAGCGACGCCGGAGUGCCGCUCAAUGUCGAGACGGAUGUCUCCGUGUAUGGCGGUCGGGGCAUCCUGAUCGAAUCGCAGGGGCCCAGCUGGCUGUAUGGCACGGCCAGUGAGCACUCGCAGCUGUAUCAGUACGAGCUGCUCAACGCCUCGACCAUCUACCUGGGUCACAUGCAGACCGAGACCCCCUACUACCAGCCCAGCCCUAACGCGCUGAGCCCCUACACCAUCGGCCUGUUCGCGGGCGAUCCCACCUUCUCGGACUGUUCCGAUGACCUCUGCCGGGGCGCCUGGGCUCUGCGCGUGCUCAACUCGACGGAUGUCUUCAUAUACUCGGCCGGCUUCUACUCGUGGUUCAGGGACUACGAUGAAAGCUGUGUGGACGACGCGACAUGCCAGCUGGCCCUGGUGGACACCAACUAUGCCGACGGGCUCUGGCUGUACAACCUCUUCACCAAGGGCGGCGUGCAAGUCGUGUCCCCCGAGGGAGGGCUGGAGGCGCUGUACUUCAACUCGACGACGCAAGAUGGCUACACCAGCGAGAUCGCUGCGUGGCUGGCGCUGGCCGAGGGGGGCGAGGACAUCGGCACCACCAGCAACUCCUCGGGCACCGUCUAUGUCGAUCCAUCCAUCUGGAACGAGAGCAGCCCAGUGAACGUGUCGUGCUGGGAGCCAUGCGAGUACAUCCUGCCGCCCAUUGUGCUGCCGUCCAACACCACCUUUGUCUAUCCCACCCUCGUCACGCCCGUCGUCAUCGGCGAGCCGGUGCCGACCUGGUACGUCUACAAUGGCAAUACCACCACGACCACCGAGUAUGUUACCAGCACCACCACCUUGACCGUCGUCAUCCCCACCGUGACCACCUCAACCGUCAGCCAGUGGAACGUCGCCAUCGGCUCCGGCACCACCUCGACCGUCAUUACCCCGUCGCCCAGUGUCAUCGCCCCGGCCUUCAACGUCACCUAUCCCUCCUUCGUGUGGAAUGGCACCACCUAUCCCCCCUCCGUCUACCCCUUCUAUCCGCCCCCCUGGCCGGGCAACACCGUCCCCACGGUGACGGCCGCGACUACCAGCUCGGAUGUCAUCACCUGGGUCAGUGACGGCGCCACCUGGGUGACCACCCUGCCGGCCUCGACCACCACCUCUUCCUCCAGCGAUACCGGGUCCCAGACAACCGGGGGUGGGAGCGACGACGAUCACCACAAUCAUCACCAUAUCACCCAUCACCAUGGUGCGCCGAGCCCGACGUGUCUGAACUCGAAACUCUGCGGGCAUAAGUGCCAUGAGGGCCUGCUGGGCCUGGUCUUUAAUGUGUGCCAUCCAUGCUGGAUCGGCUGUGGUGGAUCCAGCUCGCCCAACGACGAGCCCAAUAACCCGAACGGCGAUCCGGAUGACUUCAGCAGCUCGUCGUCCUCCGAGUGUGAAACCGCCACCUACAGCUCCUGCAGCACGGCCUGCAUCACGGCCUCCCCAUCCGAGAGCUGCACCUCCACCUGCCGAGACGUCAUCGGCUGUGACACGACCGGCACCGCCAACAGCUUCACAUGGACCCCCGCGCCGCUCUUCACCGGCACGCCCGACUCCUGGUCGGACUACACCGAAGCUGGAUCGGCUCUGUCGGAAUCCGAAUGGUCGGCCGCCGGUGCCAUCUACUCCGAGUUCACGACCAUCACCGGCAUCGACAUCCCAACCACGACGGCAACGGCGACAGGCACGGCUACCGGGACCGCCACCGGCGGGACGAGUUCCGCCGGGGACGGUACGAGUACCUCGAUCUCCACCGAGACCGUGACGCCUACCCCGACGCCCGCCAGCACCGUCACGGAAGUCAUCGUCGUCUCAACCAUCACCAAGGUCGCAACCACCAGCUACUCGGUCUUAGCCGGGGCAGCCGUGAUCGCGGCCGAGAAGCGUCUCGAGCUCCGCAACGAGGAGCUCCGUGAUUACGACCUCAACUUUGUCCAAACCUCCACCACGGCGGACGUCUGCACCGCCGGGUGGGCGUACAACUACGGCGUUGCCUCGCCCACCCCCACCACCUGGUCCGAGAUCCCCAAGUAUGUGUCCUUCUUCUCGGUCCUCACCGUCCAUUCGUCCAAGUACUCCGCCUGCGUCUAUUCCAACUCCGCGGCCCCGAGCGAUGGCGACGGCGGCACCCUCGCCUGUGAUAAGGAUUUCACGCUGUCGUGUGCGAUCGAGACCGGGCCCGUCCUCGGUUGCAAUGCCGAUGCCCUGGCCGGUUAUGAUACCAGUAUCAAGGUGCUGGUCAAUUGUCCCAUCUCCACCAUGACCAGCUCCUACUCGACCUAUAGCUCCAGAGUGACGGUGACUACGGAGAUUUUGUAGGGAGUUAAACCUGUCGGGUCGGGGUUUGUCGUUUUGUAUAUAUAUAUAUAUAUAUCUUUAUGGAUCCAGUGGCCUCCGGU